CACAGAUCAGAUGAGAAGCUGACGAUGAUGAUGAUGAUUGUUGAUGUCACGUGUUCUCAGAACAGGAUCUGCUCUUAUUUUGGUAAAAGUCACAUGACUUCAGCUGUCGGACUAAAAUUAACCCUUGACACGAUUGGCUGGAUGACUGACACACACAACCAUCUAUGGUAUCACCAGAAUGUGUGUGCGCGCGUGUGCGCGCGCUUCAUUCACAGCAGAGAUCAGAGGAAGAAGCAGCCAAAAGCAAAGGAACCAGCCAGGCAAAAGGUCCGGUCUCAUGUCUGUCUCUCAGAUCACCCCCACCCUGUUCCUCAGCGGGGCCGACGGCCCCCUCAAUGCGGCGCUGGUGUCCCAGAAAGGCAUCACCCUGAUCGUCAACGCCACCCUGAGCCACGCCUGCCCCGCCUACCCGGGGGUGGAGUGUGUCCGGGUUCCUGUAUCCGACCUGCCCAGCGCCCGCCUCGGAGACCACUUUGACCGCGUGGCCGAGCGUAUCCACGGUAACCGAGGAGGCGGCACGCUGGUGCACUGCGCCGCCGGAAUGAGCCGGUCUCCGGCGCUGGUGAUGGCCUACCUGAUGCGCUACCGGGGGGUGACGCUCCGCCAGGCGCACCGCUGGGUGCAGGAGAGCCGGCCCUACAUCCGGCUGAACGCCGGCUUCUGGGACCAGCUGCUGCAGUACGAGAGGCGGCUGUACGGCAAAAACUCAGUCAAAGUGGCGGCAGUCGACGACAGGUCACCCCCACCACCGCCAGUGACACCGGGGACACCGAGGAUGACGAGGUCCAUGGCAGCGCUGCAGAGGAACUGGACUGUGGUACCCAGGUCCCCCCUGAUGAUGACAGGGUCACCUGUGAUUGCACGAGCUCAGGUGAUGAUGCCAGUAAACAAGUCAAGAAGAGGAAACAAAUCCACUGGACCCAGACAGACCACCCUGCCUACAUUACCCACAAUGCAAUUCCACCACUGACAGUUUGGAGCUCCACAGCCUCCCUCUGAAGCUGUGUGAUGGAUCACAUCAGCAUUUAAACACAAACAUCCUCUCUUCACCUGGCUGCAGCGAUGUACAGGUGAGCUCCAGGACCCACUGACAUCACUGCUGGGCGUGGCCUGAGCAUAUGAUAGCAGACUGUGACUCAUCAGGACUUCUUCUGUGCUGUAACCAGGUAAAAACCACACAGAGCUCUGCUGGACUGUCUGUCUGUGAACACAGCAGCUGGACUGAUGGACGAGGCUGUUUACUGCAGAUGUGUCCAGAGGACAAAGUGCCAGCAACAUCUGGAGCUGAUGAUCAUCAGAUCUGAUCCGACAGGAAGCAGCUGCUUUGUGUGUGUGACGGUGAGAAUGUUUCUGGUUUUACUGCCACAGUUUGUGUUUAUAUGGACAUAUUUAUGUGGACAGCAGGACUUCAUGUCAUUUACAUGUUUGUCAGUUUGAAGCAAAUAUUUCACCUGCAGGCUUCAUCUACACAACCUCAGGUGUUUCUCAGGUGCUUCAUGUGACACCGGCAGUGAUGUAGGUUUGAUUUCAAAAGAAAAGCACAGAAAUGUGAAAAAUAUAUGAGCAAUAUUUUUAUUUAAAGUCGUUAAAUGUGGAGUGAAAUGAUUUGGAAUGGUGAAAAUGAAGUCGGAAUUCAUUGUCCUUUGAUUUGACCCUCUCAUGUUACCGUGUAUGUUCUCAUGUUCUCAU